GAGCCAUUCAAUGAGGACAGGCGCACAGGGCGGUGGCACUCAUCUCGUGAGGCCCGAGUUCCAACUCUCGUGCCUUCCUCGUGCGUGUCUUCGGCCCUGAGCUCACAGCGUGGAGUGGAGCGUUUGCAGGUGCCCCCGGAGCCCAGUUCCUUGCUCUCCCACCCCUCCCCGCGGGGUGCGUUUCUAUGCCCCUGAGCCCUGGGGGCACUGUUUGUAUCCACAUCAAGAGCAGGGAGAAAACCACCAGGAAGGAGCUGACCAUGGAGGACUUGUCUCUCAUGUUUGAGGACAGAGCUCAUCUUCCUCAAGACAACAGUGUAGAGGAGGAGAAGGAGGAGGGAAUGACUUCUGGCUUGUGCUCUGCCCAGGUCCAGGAAUCGGUGACCUUCAGGGACGUGGCUGUGGACUUCACCGGGGAGGAGUGGAGAUGCCUGGAGCCUGCCCAGAAGGCCCUGUACAGGGACGUGAUGUUGGAGACCUAUGAGAACCUGGUCUCCCUCGGGCUUCCUGUUUCUAAAGUGGAUGUGAUCUCUCUGUUGGAGAGAGGGCAAGCCCCAUGGCUGCCCGAGGGAAGAGGUCCCCCUGGCCCUUGUCACGAUUCUCUUAGUUGGCAGACCAUGUUUGAAACCAAAGACUCAAAUGUAAUUCAGGGUAUUUUCAUGGGACUGUCAGCAAAGAAAAGUCUGCCAAAGGACAGUUGGUGGUGUCCCAAAAUGAGACAAUUUGGAGAAUGUGACACAGAGAACCAGACAGGCAACCAGAAUGGAAAUUCCCAACAGGUAACAGUCACUCCCAGAACAACUUCUGUUGGGAGAAGUUUUAGUCUGGAGUCACUCUUUCUUGCACUAUGGAGAGGCAGUAUAGAAGAAAGUCUCCCAAAAUAUAAGACACUUGGACAGAACUUCAGGGAUUUUUCAGACCUAAUUACAUGUAAUACUUUUUCCUUGGGAAAGAAUCUUCCUAAGUAUAGCACAUACAGGAAGCCCUUUGGUUACAGUUCAGACCUAAUUAAAUUUUAUAGAGAACAAGCUGGAGAAAAGCCACAUGCAUACAAUGAAUGUGAGAAAGCUGUUGGCAGAAGGUCAGGUAUUAAUGAACUUCAGAGAAUUUGUAUUGGAGAGAAGCAUUACAGAUGUAAUCAAUAUGGGAAAACCUUCAACCACAGAGGGAGCUUGACCAAAUUUAAAAGGAUUCAUACUAGAGACAAACUCUUUGAAUGUAAUGAAUGUGGAAGAACUUUCAGCCAAAAGGCAUACCUUAUUUAUCAUCAGAAAACUCAUACUGGCAUGAAACCUUUUGAAUGUAAUGAGUGUUGGAAAACUUUCAAUAAGAGGGGACAUCUUAUUCGACAUCAGAGAACACAUACUGGAGUCAAACCUUUUGAAUGUAAUGUAUGUGGGAAAGGCUUCAGCCAAAGGGGAAACCUUAUUAGCCACCAGAGAACUCAUACUGGAGAGAAACCCUUUGUCUGCAGUGAAUGUGGAAGAGCCUUCAGUCGGAGGACACAUCUCAUGUACCAUCAGAGAAAUCACACUGGAGUGAAACCCUUUGAAUGUAAUGAAUGUGGGAAAGGCUUCAUCCAGAUGGGGAGCCUUAGUAGACAUCAGAGAGCUCAUACUGGGCUGAGACCCUUUGAAUGUAAUGAAUGUGGGAAAGCCUUCCGAGAGAAGGGAUGCCUUAAGAGACAUCAGAGGAUUCAUAGUGGUGUGAAACCCUUUGAAUGUAAUGAAUGUGGCAAAACUUUCAGUAAACUAGAAACUCUCAUUAGCCAUCAGAGAACUCAUACUGGAGUGAAACCCUUCGAAUGUAACGAAUGUGGGAAAGCCUUCCAAGAAAAGGGUUGCCUUAAUAGACAUCAGAGAACUCAUACUGGAGUGAAACCAUUUGAAUGUAAUGACUGUGGAAAAGCCUUCCAGGAGAGAGGAUGCCUUAAUAGACAUCAAAGAACUCAUACUGGACUGAAACCCUUCACGUGUGAUGAAUGUGGAAAAGCUUUCCGAGAGCGGGGAUGCCUUAAUAGACAUCAGAGAACUCAUACUGGAGUGAAAUCAUUUACAUGUAAUGAAUGUGGGAAAGCAUUCAGUGAGAAGGGAAAGCUUAUUAGACAUCAGAGAACUCAUACUGGAGAGAAAACAUUUGGAUGCAGUGAAUGUGGGAAAAACUUCAGCCGGAGAGCAAAUCUUAUUAGACAUCAAAGAACUCAUACAGGAAAGAAGCCCCUUGCAUGCAAUGUAUAUGAAAAAGCCUUUAGUGAGAGUACACACUUCAUUUAUCAUCAAAGAAUUCAUAUUGGAGAGAAAACCUUUGACUGUGAUGAAUUUGGGAGUGUCCUUGGCCAGCAUGCAUAACUUAUUUAUUAUCUAUCUGAAAAUACAGAAUUUAUUAUCUAUCAGAAAACUCUUCCUUAAGUGAAACCUUUUGAAAUUUGGGAAGGCUUUAGCAAGAAGGGAUGCCUUAUUUAACAACAGAGAAUUCAUACUGGAAUGAACUUUUUUUAAUACCUUCAUUUAGAACAGACCAAAGUAAAUGUCCAUUAAGAGGCAACUGGUGGCUCAGUGGAUAGAGCACUGGGCCUAUAGUCAGGAAGACCCAAGUUCAAAUCCAGCCUCAGACAUUUCCUGGCAGUGUGACCCUGGGCAUGUCACUUAACCUGAUUGCCCGAUAAAAUGGAUCCACUGGAGAAGGAAAUGACAAACCACUCUAGUAUCUUUACCAAGAAAACCCCAAUUAGGGUCAUGAAGGAUUGGACAUGACUGAAGUGACUGAGCAACAACCACAAAGAAUGCCCAUUGAUUGGGGAAUGGCUAAACAAAUUGUAUUGCAUGAAUUCAGUGAUCUAAUUAGAAAUUAAUAUCAAUGCGUAACAUUGCAUUAUCUUGAGUAAAUUUAAUAAAGAUAGGCUGAGGUACAGACUCUUGAAUAAGAUCAGUUUAUGAACAGUAAUAAGUAUAACUAUUAAAGCAGGUCACAUUGGCAACCUCAGCAAAGCCAGUGACCCCCAGAGAAGGAAGAGACUCUCUUUAUUAAUAUAUGACAAAGAAAGAUCUUGGUAGGCAUGGAGACAAGAUGAUACGUUGCAGGGUUGGGACAGGAUCAUUAUGAUUGGUUAUACUAAAAAAGAUUGGCUGGCAUUCAGGUAAGGCUAAUCAUGCCGCUCGAACAAUUAAAGAAUGCCAGUUGUUUAUGAAACCCGUUUGUAUCUUGCAGUGUUCGCUAAGCAAUCACAACUAACAGGACUUGCACUCUUCUUGGAAGAGAAGGAAAGUCCUUUACACAAAAACAAGAAAGGACAGAUAACAUUUGGGGAUGGUAAUUUUAGGGGCUGAACAAACAUAUCCAUGAAGUAUCUUAAGAGAUACCAGCAGUAGAGAUGAUAACAUUUCUUUUAAACUAAGCUAGCUUAUCUGGAUUCUUAAGCUCAAGUCAAGCCAGGUGGAUGCAGACCCAAUUACAAAAUCAGUACAGCAGAAACCCAGUUACAUUGUGGAAUCAAUAGAGAAGAAAUUAGAGGUAAUAGUAACUUUUAUAUUUUCGGCGUCUACUAUCAGAGUUGUUUAGUGUAUUGAUUACUUUUGCUUAACUAUUUUUCCCCUCCAUUUUUUGUUAAAUUGACUUUCUCUCAAUAGGAAAGAGGAAUAGAUUCAGGAAACAAAAGGUAACAUAAAAGCAAUAUGUUAACAGUAACUUAUACUGAUGUUAUUUGCUUCCCCCCAGUUUACUAAGUGGACAGAUCAGAGGAGUGCUAUAGAUAAGGUUUACUUCAGCGUUAGCAAACCAUUUGAUCAAGUCUAAAGCUAUUCUUUUGGGCUAGAAAAUAGCAAAAUUAUAAUGUUCCAAAACAGGUUGAAUGGUCAGCUCCAAAGAGUAUGUCAAAUUAAGGCAUACAGUAGUGUGCUUCAGGAAAUUAUGCUUUUAUUUAUGAUGGACACAGACAUAGUAUAAUUAUCAAAUUUGUAGAUGGCAGAUUUUAGAGGCAUAACUAACAUAUUCAGACAGUCACCCUCUAAGAUCUGGAUCCCAGUGUCUAAACUAUUGGAGUCAGGAAGACCUGAGUUCAAAUCCAUCCUCAGACACUAGUUGUGUGACCUUGGGCAAGUCACAACCCAGUAUGCCUCAGUUUCCUUCUCUGUAAAAUGAACUGGAGAAAGAAAUGGCAAAUCACUCUAGUAUCUUUGCCAAGAAAAUCCCAAAUAGGGUUAUGGAGAGUCAGACACGACUGUGAAACAACAACAAAAUGUUAGUUCUUUGAAUUUGAGCAUUGUCCAACAGUAAUUUUUUAAAAGUUUUUUGAGUGAUUUUUUUUAUAUUGAAAGCUCAAUCUGAAUUAUUUGUGUGAUAUGACGACAAAGAAAUACAAUGCCAUCUUUUGCCACAUAAAGGGAGGUACAGUUUCCAGGAAUGAGGAAGUAAUGGUCUCAUUAUGCUCUGUUCUGGUCAGACAGUAUCUGGAUUAUUGUGCUUGGUUCUGGGCAACACAUUUUAAGACAUGAAGAUGAAUUUAUUCCAAAGGAGGGUGACCCAGGAAGGUGGAGGGCUUUGGGUUCAUGCCAUAUGAGUGUCAGUUCUGUGGUAUCAUAAUCAUGGUUUUCAAGCAUCUGGAGGACUAUUGAGUGGAAGAGGGACUACACUUGUUCUACUUGACCCUAAAAGGCAGAGCUAGGAACAGGGAUUGGAAAUUCCCAAAAAGGCACCGUUAAUCAAUGUAACAAAAACCUCCCAAAAGCAAUUCAGACUUGGAGUGAGUUGGUUCAGGAGGCAGCAAGAGCCCUCAAAUUGAAGAUAUUUAAUAAUGAACAAUGGCAAAAAAAAAUGCAAAUAAAAAAUAAAAUGAAGAUUGAAUGACCACUGAGCUGUUGUCAUGGGAUUCUUUUUUGAAUGUGAAUUGGAUUAGAUCACCAUUAAGAACCUUUCCAAUUUGAAAUUCUGAGAUUUUGCCUGAAUGUAAUUCUGUGACCGCUGCAAAGACUUCAGUCUGAGUGUACUCAUUGGAGAUGUAGCAGUGAGAAAGAGAGCUUAUAACUGUUCCUGUCCUGGCAUGAGUGACUCCUUUUUAAAAAAAAUCAGUCACUGUUUCAGUGUAAAAUGAACAGUCUUCUCCAAACUCCUUUGUUCCUCCUCUUCUUCAGUUCCCUGGUAGGCUAGCCAUAGCCCAAAUUUGCUUUAUUCUGCUUUCUUAAAGUCACUGACACUGACAAAUCCAUGCCCCACAUUCAAGGACAGCUGUACAUCUAGAUUGAAUGCCUUCAUGUUUUUUGCCUACUAAACUCUAUAAGGUGUCCCAAAAGACUCAGUCCAGUUUGGAGCUUUAAUCAAUUCAGAAAUAUAAAUGCUGCAGACUUUUCCCUAAAUUUGAAAGUUUGAUGAUUUAAAGUUUUAAAACAUUAAUGUUUCUUACUUCAACCCAUUCUAACCACUGUCAUGCAAUAUAUUGCUCCAGUUGCUUUCUGAACUUUAUACAAACUUUAGUCUGCUCAGUGACUG